AUGAUAAAUGGAAAUUUUAAGGAACAAGGCCUUUUUAUGGCUUUAUAUUUUUCUAAUGAUUGGCUUCAAGAUGAUACGGGGGUGGGAGAUGCUUGCAGGGGUGAUUUCGAUAAAGACGGUGUUCCAGAUGAAGACGACGUGUGCCCAGAUAACAGGAGGAUAUAUGCUACCGAUUUUAGAGAAUAUCAAACAGUAGUGCUCGAUCCAGAAGGCGAAUCUCAGAUCGAUCCUCAUUGGGUUAUAUACAAUAAAGGAGCGGAGAUUGUUCAAACAAUGAAUAGCGAUCCUGGCCUGGCUGUUGGUCUCCACGCUUUCGGAGGAGUAGAUUUUGAGGGUACUUUUUUCGUCGAUACAGAGGUCGAUGAUGAUUACGUGGGCUUCAUAUUUAGCUACCAAGACAAUUCUAACUUUUAUGUCGUGAUGUGGAAGAAGAAAGCUCAAACUUAUUGGCAAGCCACACCUUUUAGAGCUGUGGCAGAACCUGGUAUACAGUUAAAACUUGUCAAAUCUGAAACUGGUCCUGGUGAAAUGCUUAGAAAUUCAUUAUGGCACACUGGCGAUACUGAAGAACAAGUUAAGUUAUUGUGGAAAGAUCCCAGAAAUGUUGGAUGGAAAGAGAAAGCUGCGUACCGUUGGCUAUUACUCCAUCGUCCUAAAAUUGGAUUAAUUAGGUUAAGGAUAUUCGAAGGAGAGAAUAUGGUUGCUGAUAGUGGUAAUAUUUAUGAUGAUACUCUUAAAGGAGGACGUUUAGGAGUUUUCUGCUUCUCCCAAGAGACAAUCAUUUGGUCAGAUCUUGUAUAUCGUUGCAAUGAGGCUGUACCGAGUCGUGUAUACGAAGAACUACCCGACUAUCUGAAAGCAGAAGUAGCUAUCGAUAACACAAGACCUUCUGAUAUACCAAAUGUUGGCCACAGGAGGGUACCAGAAUAUCCAAACAUCGUUCCUGCGGAAUUAAGAAGAAAAUCUUCGAGGUCCGGCCGGAGGAAUUAUUAAAAAAAAGAAAAAAUAUAUAUAUAUAU